CUUCAUCUUAUACUCAAAAUGUUCUGUUUGGUAAACAACUGCAUUCCCUUGUGGGAAAAUCAGGGUGGUUGUCGAGUGUGUUUGUGGGCAGUGCUUUGAUAGAUUUAUAUGCAAAAUCAUCACUUGUUAAUUUUGCAGCAGCGGUGUUUGAUGAAAUUCCGGUUAAGAAUACCGUGUGCGCAAACGCACUUUUGUCGGGUUAUGCUGAAGCUAAGAUGUGUAUUGAUGGACUUGAACUUGUUCGGAAGAUGCAUGGAAUUAAUUUGAAGUAUGAUAAUUUCACGUUAUCAGCAGCUUUACAUGCAUGUGCUGGGCUAUCUGCAAUAGAAUUUGGUAGGCAGGUACAUGCAAAUGUAAUUCGUACAGUUCCUGAUUUGGGAUCUGAUAUGUUUCUGCAGAGUUUGUUAAUUGAAAUGUAUGGAAAGUGUGGACUGGUAGAGAAGGCUAGGCAAGUUUUUAGUAUGUCAGGAUUUGAACCAAAUGAUACAAAGAGGGAUGUAGUUUUAUGGAGUUCAAUGCUUGGUGUAUAUGGAAGAAAUGGGAGCUAUAUAGAAGUGAUUGGAUUAUUCAGAGAGAUGCUGAUGGAGCGGAUUAGACCAGAUGGGGUGGCUUUUGUGACCGUCAUCUCGGCCUGUGGUCACACAGGCCAACUGAAUCUUGGGAUUCAGUACUUUGAAUCCAUGGCUCGUGAUUUUGAAUUAUACCCCACCCCAGAGCAUUAUAGUUGCCUGGUUGAUUUGCUUUGUAGAGCAGGUGAAUUGGACAAGGCAUGGAAACUGAUGAAUGAGAUGCCAUAUACAGAGAAUGGCGGUUGCACAAUUGCCAUGUGGGGCACCUUGCUUAGUGCUUGCAAUGAGUGUGGAAAUGUUGACCUGGGCAAAUUGGCCGCCAGAAGAGCAUUGGAAUUGGAUCCUCAGAAUGCUGGGAUUUGUGUUUUACUGUCAAAUAUGUAUGCAAGGUUUGGUAUGUGGAAUGAGAUUGGGCAAUUGAGGGAAUUGAUGAAAGAAAGAGAGCUACAGAAAGAUGUUGGAUGUAGUUGGAUAGAAGUCACAAGUUGAAUUCGGGGGCAAUUCUCUAGGGAAUAACAUAUAUUCCCUUCUGACUUUUCAGUUGUUGAGUUUGGUGAUAGGCAUUGCUUAAGAUAGCAUCCCCAAGUAGCAGUUACACCGAUUUUUUUUGGCAGUCUCAUCACAAAACUGAAGUUAUGGACCUAUAUAAAUGUGACAGGACUCUUGUUUAAAAUUUAUUGACUGCCAUUAUUCAUCUUCGUAAGUCAAAUUUGGUGAAGUUGUUGUAUGGUUGAAUUGGAUACUGGCAGUUUGGGAAGUUGGCUAGUUUCGAUUAUAUUGAUAAGAUGAAGCUAUGGAUUAGGUACACUCUGGGAAACUCAGCUGAUUCAUGAUUCAAGUGAUGCCAUGUAAAUGGCACUUAAGUCCUCAAUGGACGGAGGAUAAAACCAACUCCAACACAAAUUAUCUUUCUGUAGUUAACCAAGAAUAAGUUUCAAGUGAUUCCUUAACAGGGCUAUUAGUGCAGCAUCUUAAGUAGGCUCAUUUCCAAGCCUUCAUCUUAUUGUCUUUGGGAAUAUCUGGCUGCCUCUGCUUCACAUGGAUUCCCCACCUCGUUUGAGUGCUUGUUCCCGAGCUUCAUCUCCCUGCGCUCGACUGUAUCUUUGUUUUGGUCAGUAAGUGUGCAUAAUACUCUGUUGUCACUCUCAGCAGCCUGUAGGUGUAGUGAAAUUAGGACAGUUUAACUACUGCAAUGAUGCAUUCAACAGAAACAGGGAAGCUAUUGAAGGUUCCAAUCCGAGGAGAGGGAGCAACAGGAAGCUCACGUGGGGGAUUCUCUUGACCUUAAUGCUGAGUGUUACCAUGGUGAAGAUAUUAGUUGCUGUAAUUAUUUUUCAAGGAUUAAUUUUCUUGGAAAGAGUAUCAUUAUUAUAGGAAGAUCAAUGAUUUUUUUUUUGUGGAAAUUCUAGUAAAAAAUUAUACUGGGUUCCAAUUUACUCGCCUACUUGUCAUG